GUAGUGUGCGGGUGCUCCUGUGAUUUGUUAUAAAAUUCUCCUUAUCAGUGAUGUCUGUUACAUCUCUCUUUCUGUGCAUUUAUAAAAUCUUGCAUGCUAAUUAUAAUUAAUGUUGUAUUAUAGCCCAUGUUCAGUGGUUACCGUCUGUGGCGGAAAAUGCUGUAUUGCUCCUCGUGACUUUGCAUAGCACAUCCGACAAACUGCGGUUUCUCUUAGAAUAAUAAACCCCUCUUCCGUCAGUCUGUUCGGCCACGAUUCUGAACAUUACACAGGCAGUGAACUUCGAUCUGUACCUGAGGGGUGUUGGAGUAUGAAAAUGAGUAAAAAGUUUGCGGCACCUGAUGUUUCUGCAGCUGCACUGCCCCAUCUGGUAUCAGCUGAUAGGCUUAUCAUUCAGGGAAAUACAGCGUCAGGCUCAGUCGUGUAAAGGUUUUAUAGCACAUGGUCAUAUAAACACUGUGUUCCAGAUGAAAUUUUAUGAUACCAGUAAUGAAAAUUAAUGUCAUCGUACCAGCAUCCCACUGUAUCUCUUACAAACUGUCAGUGGCAUGAAAAGUAGUGAAGUCCUUAAGUAAAAAUAACAAUACCACACUAUAGGAAUACUCCAUAAGUAAUAACUAACUAGUGAUAAGUAAUAACUCCAAAAGUAAUAGUCUUGCACAAUUCAUUAUAAUUGUACUUAGGUGAAAGUACUAAAGUAUUGGCACCGAAAUACCAUAAAUAUCAAAAGUAAAAAUACUCAUUGGGCGCAUGUGUUUGGAGGUUUGCUAAUUUGAACUACUGCUGCAUCACGUUUUAUAAUCUCAUAUAUAGAUAUUGAUCUUCAAAGUGACAAGGAACUAUAUUUGUAAAGUAAAUAGAGUAGGAUUGGAAAGUACUCCAAAAAUGGAGGUACUGGAGUGAAGUACAAGUACUUUAAAGUUGUACAUAACUACAGUACUGGAGUAAAUGUACUCAGUUACUUUCCACCAUUCCGAGCUAUUUUACCCAAGAAGCUGUUAUUGCAUGAAGUGUGACCUUUAGAAAUCCUUUCUUCUCCUCAGUUGAUAGUAAAUCUAAGAUAUCUAUCACUGCCCCUCUGAAAAAGUAGUUUACUUGUAAUUUUCAGAUAUUUUUGGCUACUUUCUUGUAUAUUUUGAAUCAUGCAGUACAAUAUCUGCAUGUUAUUAGACUUGCCAGAAAAUUGGGAAAUAAUCCUUUAAAGAUCAGAUCAGUGUAUCUCCUGUUCACUGUCUUUGUUGUGUAAUGAUCUGCUGGUGGUUCCACUGGUUUUACUGGACUUUAAAGUGGCAACAUGUGAAGGAGACAUACGUGGGCAGGUACAGGGUGCUGUUAGACUUCUGAAAACAGAUUAUUGUUCUCUAAUCACUUGAAACACCAACUCUCUUGUUUUCCCGGAUUAUGACGGUUUGGUAGACUGAACAAGUGUUUUGGGUUUAGUCUCUUUGUGACUUUUAUGCCAUGGUGAGAUUUAUGAGGUUGUGUCUGGUGCAAAUCAUGCUCAUUCACUGAUGUAACUUUUUUGUUUUUCAUUCUGAUAUUAAGCUCAUUACAUAACGAGUUUAUGCAUUUCUUCAGACUGUUGCCCUUUGCCCUGGCCACAUGAAGCAUAAUCCCCUCUGGCCUAAAUCUUUGCUUUUAUAAGGAGUCAACUUUCUUCAUGAGUUUGUGACAGUGUUGCGGACUGUGGACCAGAGAACUCGUGCAUCUCUGAUGUGGAUUUAUUAGUCAGCAGCAGAGAGGGACCUACCGGGGAGUCGCAGCCUAUCAAUUCUGUUAAUGAUCACCCGCUCCCUGUACAUAAGGGCACUGGGACGUGUGCUCGGUCAGUAAGUGGGACUGUGGUCUGACAGUGAGGGUGUAGCUGAAGCCACUCGGGGUUUACAGAUUUGAUCGCUCUCUGCCCUCAGAGGACCUUACUGAAGGGCAGUCAUGCGGCAGAUAGGGUCCACUGUCCUUUUCGCUGUCCUGUUGCAGGCUAUGUCUGCUUUGACAGAGGACUGGCAGACGGCCACGUCUAUUUAUGACUUCUCCGCCACAGAUAUUGAUGGCAAUGUGGUCUCCUUAGAAAAAUACAGGGGAGAUGUUGUCAUCAUCACCAACGUUGCCUCUAAAUGAGGUAAAACCCCAGUAAACUACUCUCAGUUUGCGGCAAUGCACGCCAAGUACGCUGAGAGAGGUUUACGCAUCCUUGCCUUCCCUUCUAACCAGUUUGGGAACCAGGAGCCCGGCAACGAAACACAGAUCAAGCGGUUUGCCGAAUCCUACAACGCUCAGUUUGACAUAUUCAGUAAGAUCGAUGUGAACGGGGCCAGCGCUCAUCCUUUGUGGAAGUGGCUGAAAGAGCAGCCCAACGGGAAAGGCUUCCUGGGAAAUACCAUCAAGUGGAAUUUCACUAAGUUUUUGAUCAACAGAGAGGGUCAGGUGGUGAAGAGAUACGGACCCCUGGAUGAUCCAAGUGUGGUGGAGAAGGAUCUUCCUCAAUACCUGUAAAUGCCGAAUGGAUGUUUGAUGCCUCACUUACUCUGUCCAUUUGUUUCCAUCGCCCUUUAAUCUCCUUGCUCUGCCUCUCCAAGCACCAGUGGAUAUAGUUUGGGUCCACCCCAGACCAGUGACGGUCUGCUCAUAAACCCGCAUGGCGGACAGAGCAGACCUGAUGUUAAAUGGCGUGCAAACCUCCUGGGCGUGCCAAGCUUACAUUCAUUUGGUUGUCUGGAGAGAAGGAGAAAGGUUCCCUGAAUGUAACUUGUUUAGUAGAUGAAUGCGUGGUGUUAUUUCCAUAAUAAAAUUAUGUCAUUCU